GACGACAACCCAUAACAACUUAUUGAGUCUCUUCAUUCGUGACCUGUGUUGUGCAAGUUGUGUUUUAAAAGUACUUAUUUUUUUACAUUUUGAGGUUAAAAUCAUGGAUGGCGAUGGACUGCAUUUAGAUAUAGACUAUGUUGGUUCAUGUGGGGUGGUUUUAAGCCCUGAACAGAAAUCAUCACUUCAAAGCUCUCUCAUUAUUUUGAAGCAUCAUCACAAGUUCAACAGAGUGUUCUUUUGGGGUAAAAUCAUCGGCAUCAAGGGUGACUACUUCAUAGCCCAAGGAAGUGGAGAUGAUGAACUUAUUGACAGAAAAACGCUUUACAGCUUAGAUUGUGUAACAUGGGGUUUGUUACCCCAUGCAACUACAGCCAUGAAAGAGCAGUGUUCUGUUGUUAAAGGGAGAUUCAUUGGAGACCCAUCACAUGAAUAUGAACACAUAGAAAUUAAGAAGAUCGGGGAAGGAGAGGAAGCCACUGAGGAAGAAAACACUAUUAUGAUAAAGGAGGAGGAUCGGCUAGCAUCUGUUGUUUCUCAUAUUGAUGAAGACGUUGCUGUGGUACCAAGACGAGCUUACAUCAAAACACCUCAUGGAACCGUCCUUCAAAACAGAAGUUUCGAAGGUCUUAGUGUGGCAGAGAGUUUAAAACUCCAGAAUUAUUUCCAUUUCCGUGAAGCAGUCAAGUUAAAAGAGAAAACAUUGCUGGAAAAAGCAGACAUGGAAAAGUCAAUAGACUUCCUGGACCCUAUCAGUGAUGACAUACCAAGAGAAUCAUUUAGUCUUCAGGCUGAGCGUGGUAGUGGUUUGGUGAUCAUCCGAAGCCUUCUUUGGCAAGGAAUGGCAUUUUACCAUGUCCCCCACACCAAGAAAUUUGGAUAUGUCUACUUUGGCACCGGCGAGAAAAACAAAAACCUCCCAUUCAUGUUGUGAGCAAGCAAAAGACAUCUUUAUUGGUAGUUUACUGCUGUUUUUUUUAAACCCCUCCCUCCCAAAAAAAAUGUUCCAUGUACUGUACAUAUAUUGUAAAUAACAAUAUUCUGUUCUUGGAUUCCUGUUCUUGGAUUCUUGGAUUCCUGAUAUCUUUUAUUCAGUUAUCACUAUUGUAAUUAAAGAAUCAUUUAAUCACAUAUUUGCUGCUUUGGUAAUAAAAGUUAAAUUUGAAAUUAUAUAACCAAUAAGCAAUACUGUCAAUCAAGUAUUGAUUGACAGUUAGAAUUGCAAUGCUCCACAAUGCAAUCUUUCAUUGUAUUUUAAAGAUGUUAGUGUUAUUUCUUGCAUUCUGUAGUCAGGAAAAAACCAUCAAGAAAAUUGUUAUUCAAGCUUUCUGAAUGUAUUAAUAUAUUGUCAUAUGUAGUGUAUACAUAACAGACUUAACUUUGGCUUUGCUAGAUUCUCUAAAAUUUGUAAGUAUUAAUAUGUUGUAAAAUAUUACUCUAAUCUCAUUCACACCAUUAUUCUGUUUGUCUAUAGCUUAAAUAAUAUGUUUUACAGUCGGUUUAUAUUCACAUUGAUUAUUGUUUUGACUUAUAUUUAGAAUUUAUACCAAUAAAAUCAGAGUAUUGAGCAGAAAAGAUUUUCUAUGUAAUGUGUAUGAAUUUAUGGAUUUGAAAUCAAAUAAAAAAAAUUGACAUGAACUAGUAAAAAUGUA